AUGGCCGCCGAAAAUGACUCCAUAGUGGGAAGUCCUCCUGGCAACAACCAUGUUCCACGCCGCCCAGAAAUUGCCUUCAUCUCGGGGCCCAUCGACACUGGACUGAAUGAGGUCUAUUUUCACACUCAUUACGUCCCUCGCAUUCUAAAAGCUAUCGAAAAUGGCCACAACUUUGUCAUUGGGCCCAUUCCGAGCGGCGUCGAUGCCGAUGCCCUGGACUAUCUACUCGCCUACCCUAUCGUCCCUAGUCGCAUCACCAUCUUCGUAACGCCCGCGGAGGAGAAUAUGUUCGGGCCACGAUUUCGCGCACUAUCAGUCAACUUACAUGUCGUUGAGAGCCAGAUGACUCAAGAACGCGAUGCGGCCAUGACACAAGCCAGCACGUAUGACAUCCUACGGGCGCGGACCCUAGAGGAGGCAAAGGAAUUCUACGGCGGGAUGACUCGUCCUGGAUAUGUGACAAAUACGGAGCGCAAUUGGCGAAGACGGAGAGGUAUUGGGGAAGACUCUUUAAUCAGUGCAGAAGAGAUCAAUUGCUCCAUGGGGUAUCCGGCGUCGGAGGUCCUAGUAUCUCGACCGGAGGGGAAGAAGGGGGUCUUGGGACAGUUGAAGCAAGCAUUGAAACGUCACCGAUAG